UUCAUUAUGCCCUGUCCCCGGUUUUAGACAUUUCCAUUGCCAAACUAAGCUAGCUGUCAAUCCACUCAGCAGCAUCACGCCAGGGAACUCUGCAAACCCCCCUUCCAAACACACAACGCACAAUGGCUGUCCCUCCUUCAUACGCGGACCUGGGCAAAUCUGCCAAGGAUAUAUUCAGCAAGGGAUAUGGCUUUGGAGUUGUGAAGCUCGACCUCAAGACCAAAUCACAGAGUGGAGUGAUGGAGUUCAACACAUCUGGCUCCAGUAACACAGACACAGGGAAGGCUGCAGGGAGCCUGGAGACCAAAUACAAGAUGAAGGAGCUGGGCCUCACCUUCAACCAGAAGUGGAACACAGACAACACGCUGGCCACCGAGGUCACCGUGGAGGACCAGCUGACUCAAGGACUAAAGGUCGCCUUGGAUACAUCUUUUGUACCAAACACAGGUAAGAAGAGUGGAAAGCUGAAGACGGCCUACAAGCGUGAGUUUGUGAACAUGGGCUGUGACGUGGACUUCGAGGGUCCCAUCAUCCACGCCGCAGCGGUGCUCGGCUACGAGGGCUGGCUGGCCGGCUACCAGAUGGCCUUCGACACGGCCAAGUCCAAACUGGCCCAGAACAACUUCGCCCUGGGAUACAAGGCCGGAGACUUCCAGCUGCACACCAACGUUAACGACGGGACGGAGUUCGGCGGCUCCAUCUACCAGAAGGUGAACGACGACCUGGAGACAGCGGUCACUCUGGCCUGGACCGCCGGCAGCAACAACACUCGCUUCGGCAUCGCCGCCAAAUACAAGCUGGACAAAGACGCCUCUCUGUCUGCCAAAGUCAACAAUGCCAGUCUGAUCGGAGUGGGCUACACCCAGAGCCUUCGGCCAGGUGUGAAGGUCACCCUCUCCGCUCUGAUCGACGGGAAGAACUUCAACGCCGGCGGACACAAAGUGGGCAUGGGCUUCGAGCUGGAGGCAUAGAGGGGAGAACAGAGAAGGAAACAAACCCCUGAACCUCAUCACUACACACACCCCUCCCCCCUUUCACAGUCCACCACUGUCAUGUAGCUUCUCUCUGGGCUCUCCCUCACGCUUCCUCCCCUCCCCACCCCCCCCCCCCCCCCCCGUAUCUGACAGUAAUAGUGGAGUCUCAGCACCAUGCUUAAACACCCUGAGAGGAGCUGUGAGGUUGUUGUUCCCGAAACUGACGGCGUACAGUUUUACGGUCAUUGAAGUGACACUAUUUAUUUCCCUGUAGGUCUCUGAAAGGAGUAACUGUUGGCGUUAAUGUUUAGCUUCUGUAUUCAGUUGUUUCCUUCCCUCCUGAAAGCAUGUAAGAAUGAAAAACGUGGAUGCAGAGCUGAAAGCUUAUUCGCUUGGUCAAAAAAAGGGUGCUGAGUGUCUGUUUAUUUUUUAUUUUAAGCACCUUUGGCUGUGUUGUCUGUGGACUAUUAUCCAUAUAAAUGUUUAAACACAUUUCAUGAACAUAUGAGUGAAAUAUUAUUGAGAGGUAAUGAAAGAUAUUAAAAACUAAAACAAAGAAAGGUGCUCAUGAAUUAUCUUUCAAAUCCUUUGUGACUUUUGGUAGGUGAAAUCAAUGUAGUGGAAUCUUAUAGUAGCGUAUGUAGUUAGUUUGCAUUUCUACAAUAUUGUUUUCAUCUAUCUGUCUCAGCCGUUCACAAAGAGGCUGGAUAUUUAGCAUCUGCUGGUAACUACUCGUCUUAACUCAACUUCCAGCUGUUUCCUCAUGUUGCUCGAGGACCCAUUGCCGUCAGUGCUCUCUCCUCGAAAACACUCCUCAGAUCUGUACAUAAAAUACAGCUGAUUGUCCUCAGAGGGACUCGGUCAAAACACUGCAUAGGGUUAUUCAAGAGGUUGUCCUAAAUGACUUUCCUUUUAUCCUUUCUGCAACCAAAAUGUGUGUUUUUUUGUUUCCAUCUUAUUGUGUUGUCAUAAGGCUUACUUUUCUUUGUGACUUAGACACAGUACCUCAUUUUUUUCCAAUGUCAAUUAAAGGAAUUCUAAUCAUGAAAAAACACUA